AUGUCGUCCAACCACGCAUCUCUUGAUGCGGCAGCAACAGAACGUAAAGCACGUCUCGCAAAGCUUUCAGCGCUGAAACGAAAACAACCAGAACCAGAAACAUUGCCUGACGCUGGUGCUGGGGAUGAUGAAGCGGGUGAUGCAACUCACGAUGUCACAACUACAUAUUUAUCUGGGCGGAAUUACGACGCCGAAACUCGUGGUCCCAAGUUGGGUUUCGACCAGAACCCACUCGAUGGACAAGCCACAUUGGAAGAUCAAGCGGCUGAGAUAGCCAAAGCCACUGCAGAGCAAGCGAAGAAGGACGAAGAAGCAGACCAACCGAUCGAUUUAUUCAAAUUGCAACCGAAGAAACCCAAUUGGGAUCUGAAGCGUGACCUAGAUGAAAAGAUGAAAGUCCUCAACGUGAGGACAGAAAAUGCGGUCGCAAAACUAGUACGACAACGGAUAGAGAAUGCGCAGCGUGCAGCUAAGGAGAAAGGAGCGAAACAGAAUGGAGAGGGGGAGGAAGUGGGCAUUGAAGGUGAAAUGUUGGUGGAGGGUAUUCAUGUUCGCGAGAGGGAAGAAGAAGAGGAAAGAAGAGACAGGGAAGAUGAUGAGAUGGCUUGA